AUGUUUUUGGUUUUUAACAAGAGAAAUGUAUUAUCCGAACCAGUGGAUGCAUCGUCUUUUACUGAGCUGGAGCCAUCUAUUACUGUCACCGAGCAAAACCUGGCAGACCGAGUUCGGUAUAUCUUACGCUCAAAUAUAUUUGAUGGCGCCGAACUCGAACGGCUACGACGUGAGGCUGUUCCCUCAUCAAAUGAAAACGCUACGACUGGGGGUGCGGUGCCACAAGUUGCAGAACAACCCGCACACGUGGAUGCCGCCGAGAAUACCCCAGUGGUUGCUGAUUCAAAUGAUGAUGGAACAUUCACCCAGGAACUAGAAAUAGAGCAAAUGAGGAGUACAUUGGAAGAGGCGAUUAUGGAAACGCGCAGUAGGCCUCUCGAAAAUCGACCGCGACUUCCCCGCAUAGCCCUAAGCAAGCGGAAUCGGGCUGUCGUGAGGGCUCUGAACCCAAUGCUGGUGACCUAUUUGGAAGCCAGCCGGGACCUUUGCGAGACGGACUCAAUUCUCUUUGGCGCCGCACUGGCAGUCUGCCGUAUUAUAGGCGCCAAACUUUCCACGGCUGGACGCACUAAUGGACAAAGUAGUGCUAUCCCAGCCUGGAGAACAAGAAUUGAAGAACGUAUCGCAAAGGCUAGGGCCCUCAUCGGCAGACUGAUAUGCUUCAGGUCAGGCAAUACCAGGCCAAGGAUUGUGCGCACCGUCAGGAUGGCGUUUGCUGGGACAAAUGUUAGUUUGUCCCAGCCGGAUAUAAUGCAAAAACUGACGGAGCGCAUAGACGACCUGAAGCAGAGAAUCGCUGCUUGGGGAAAGCGAAUUCGGCGAUAUACCGAGAGGUCGACACGGUUCAACCAGAAUCGUCUCUUCCAGAGUGAUCAGAAGAGGCUCUAUAAAUCAUUGGAGCGACCAAUGGUAAGUGGAACGGGCCCAGUACCGAAUCAGGCCGACACGUUCGCAUUCUGGCGCAGCCUGUGGUCAGAGCCCGUAAACCACAACGAGGGCCCUUGGACGGAAGUUGUGGCGAGUCAGUGUGCGGGUAUUACGCCCAUGGACCCCGUCACCAUAACGCCGGAUGACGUAGCUGAGGCGGUCCGUAGGGCCCCGAACUGGAAAAGUCCGGGACUCGACGGGCUGCAUCACUACUGGCUGAAGGGGUUCGUGGUGAUGAUGGUGUUAUGUCCAAUAAUGCUACUGGUGCAACUUCUGGCCGUAGUAGUAUCCGCUACUCUCGCUUCACCCACUGUUCCAGCUGCCCUUCCCGAAGACUACUCGCAAACUUUAAACAUGAAUGAUGUCAGUGAUCAAGUGAUAAUUCCGGAAAAGCGUGCUGCAUUGGUGCUCGAUCGGUUGCUAGUGGCGCUACAGAGGGCGUUACGCGAAGGGGGCGGACAGCGCUACGACAUAGAGCGCGAUGGACCGCGUGCAGCUCCGCUACGCGUUUCUAGCAUGGAGACUAGUGACUUGUCUGCUCUUCAGCGACGCGGGCAGGGCUCCGGUCGAGGACGAGUGCUACGCUGCUAUUUCAACGCUGUAACAUGCUUCUAA